UCCUAGCUGCUGUUUGAGGUCGGGCUAUGCGUUGAUCGGACGGAUAACGGACAAAACGCAGAAAUGAAUCCGACUGUCAAGAAUUCAUAACAUUAGCCAUUUAAACAACAUAAUAACGGACACAAUAAACAAACGCAAAUCGGACCGAUACUUUGUCUUCGUAUUUUACCACAUUCCUGUAAAUAUACGCCACUUUUCGUUUCGAACUACCCAGCAGUGACAAGAAAAACAAUGGCUUCCAGGUCGCCGUCGUCCUCCCCGGACACUGCGACGGGUUCAGGUACCGACCCGGCUCGGCCCGACACUGGGGAACCCCUCGGCGGAGCGGGCUCGGACUCGGACUCGGACUUGGGUUUGGAUAAAUUCGACUGCUGUGGCAUGGAGAGUGGUGACCGCCUGCAGGGCGAGGAGUUGGUACAGGAGUUCGAGUCUGCAGCCGACCGUGUUGCAGAUUUGGUUCAGACAGCAAGUAGAGACCAGCUACUGUAUCUUUAUGCACGGUUCAAACAGGUCAAAGUGGGGAAAUGCAAUACACAAAAGCCAGGAUUCUUUGACUUUGAAGGUCAAAGGAAAUGGCAAGCCUGGAAGCAACUUGGUGACAUGGAGGUGGAGCAAGCAAUGCAAGAAUACAUUUCCUGUGUGAACGUAUUAGACUCUGAAGGCAGCCAGAGGGAGAGCCGAGGAGCAGAGAGGAGAACGGGUUUCGGCGGUGCAACGGUCAGCUCUUUGUACCAAGAGGAGACGAUUAGGGAAGAGGAUAAGAACAUCUUCGAUUACUGCAGAGAAAACAACAUAAAGCACAUUACCAACGCCAUCACUUCUCAAAAAGUGGACGUCAACACAAAAGAUGAAGAGGGCCGAGCACUCCUGCACUGGGCCUGCGACAGAGGCCACAAGGAGCUGGUUGCUGUUCUUUUGCAACAUAAAGCCGAUAUCAACAACCAGGAUAAUGAAGGACAAACGGCGCUACAUUAUGCAUCGGCGUGUGAGUUCGGCGACAUCGUUGAGCUGCUUCUGAACGCAGGGGCAGACCCAUCCAUCAAAGACCUUGAGGGAUCACUUCCAGAGGAAGUCACCGAUUCCGCCGCCAUCUCUUCUCUCCUGCGCCAGUACACUUCUCCCAAAGGCUAGAGCACCCACAACAUACCUUGCCCCAACUUCAGGAUGCUUAGUCCUCCCCACGUAUUGUCUUAUCACGCCCAAACUUCCCAGCAUCCCUUUCGUCCUCCGGAGAGAAACUGUACAAGCUCAGCAGGUUAGUUGACUUUGCUGUAUUUUUUCUUCCUUUUAAACAAUCUAUUUUGACCUACUUUGACCUCAAGAGUUAACUGACAUGAUCCUGGAUCCAAUAUAGAUUUUGUAUUCUAUUUAAGUCAUUGGAGGGGGCAAAAGACUCACAUCUUAUACAAAACUAUACAAAGCUGUUUUUGCAGAUAUGAUGAGUAUGAUUUACCUAUAUUCUAAAGAAUGCUUUAAUUGUCUGUAUUUCAUCACCAUUAAAUUCUUAAAAAUGGA